AUGUAUGCCGGCAAUCUUUACGGCUAUACACCCACUCUCGCUGGAGGUGUCAUCUUCACCCUCCUCUUCCUCGCAACAACUGGCUUUCAUAUAUUCCAGCUUACCAAGGCGAGAUGUUGGUACUUCAUUCCCUUUGUGAUAGGAGGUAUCUUCCAAGUGAUAGGAUACAUCUGUCGACUUGCCGCACGCAAUAGUCUCGACUCCGUCACCCUCUACGCCCUCCAAUCCGUCCUCAUCCUCCUCGCACCCCCUCUCUAUGCCGCAUCAAUUUACAUGGUCCUCGGCCGAACAGUCACCUACCUCCAGGCCGAGCCUCUCAGCCUCGUCCGAGUAAACUGGAUGACCAAGAUUUUCGUCGCAGGCGACGUAUUCUCAUUCUUAAUGCAAUCAGCCGGUGGAGGUAUGAUGGCCAUCAAGGACACCCACACGCGCGAAACGGGAUCCAAUAUCGUGAUUGGUGGCCUGGUCAUCCAGCUCUUAUUCUUUGGCUUUUUCGUCGUCACUGCGGCGGUCUUCCAUAUGCGUAUCAAUCGUCAACCGACAUCCAAGUCUCAGUCCGAUCGGGAUAUGACUCGCUCGCAGGGCUGGAGGCAACGGAAUUGGGUCACUGUGUUGUUGGCUCUGUACAUUGUUAGUAUCCUUAUUCUCAUUCGGUGCAUUUUCCGCUUGAUUGAAUAUAAGGGUGGCUUCAAUGGGUAUCUCAUGACUCAUGAGGUGUAUAUGUACAUCUUUGAUGCGGUUUUGAUGUUCAUCGCUAUGGUUGUGAUGAAUGUCUACCACCCUGCCGUCAUUCUGGGAGAUGGUAAGGCUGGGAGACUUCAUUCGGCUUAUUCGGAGGAAGUCCAGAUGUACAGUGGAUGA